CAAGACUUCAAGCAGGCAGCCUGCGUGCACCUCAAUUUCAACAGUCACGUAUUGAGCACCACAGCUGAUACGGGUUUACCAGACUAAAGACAGAAGUUCAAGGCAAGACCAGCAUGGAUGACUUUGAGAUAAACUGGAAUGACUUUGACGAUUAUGUGAACAAUAGUACGGAAUAUGUCAAUCACAGCUAUGCCACUCAUGAAGUUGUUGCUCUAUGCAAUAAACUUGACAUAGUGAAGUUUGGCGCUAGAAACCUCCCUCCGUUUUACUACAUCAACUUUCUGAUCAGUGUGCUGGGAAACGGCCUGGUGCUCUACAUCAUCUACAAGUAUGAGAAGCUGUCCACAGUCACCAACAUCUUCUUACUCAACUUGGUCAUCUCCGACCUGCUGUUCGCCUGCAGCCUCCCCUUUGAUGCUGUCUACUACGCCUCCGAGUGGAUCUUUGGACUGGCCAUGUGCAAGCUGGUGCGCAGCCUCUUCUCCGUGGGCUUCUACAGCUCCAUCCUCUUCCUCACGCUCAUGACCUUCGACCGCUACCUGGCCGUGGUGCACGCCGUCACGGCCGCCAAGCAGAGGCGGAAGGCCUACGCCAUCAGCUCCUCCGUAGUGGUGUGGGUGGUCAGCUUGGCAUCCAGUGUCAAAGAACUGAUUCUGUACACCACCAGCAAUGACCCAAAGUUUGGAGAGAUGUGUGAGGACUUUGGCUUUAAGAAAGACAACUGGCAACUGUUUGGAUACUACCAGCAGUUCUUCCUCUUCUUCCUCGUUCCUCUGGCCAUUGUCCUGUACUGCUAUGUGAGAAUCACGGUGCGGAUCAUGGACACGCGCAUGAAGGAGAAGUGCAGAGCGGUGAAGCUGAUCUUUGUCAUCGUGCUGACCUUCUUCAUCUGCUGGACCCCCUACAACAUCGUCAUCCUCCUCAAAGCCCUGGAGAUGUCCUCCAUCACCACAGCAGAGUGUCCCUCAGAUGCUCUGGACUACGCUCACUUCAUCACGCGCAACCUGGCCUUCCUCUACUGCUGCAUCUGCCCCGUCUUCUACACGUUCAUAGGCAAGAAGUUCCAGAACCACUUCAGGAGAAUGCUGGCCCGACACAUGCCCUGCCUGAACAUCACCGUCAUUGACACUAGUCAGAGCAGCAGAACAACUUCUCACAAGAGUCCGCAUAUAACUGACUACUGAUAGAUCAGCUUACCAACACUCUCUCCAGGGUCCAGGGUCGGAUUAAUGCACAGGCUAGAUAGACUGCAGCCUCGGGGCCACCGAGCAGUUUUAGAAGUUUCUUUUCAAAAUUCAUGCUGCCCAUUCACAAAUCCUUUUUCAUGAAUACUUACCUCCACCAUCACAUUCUAAGUAUUUAUUCAUAAUAAUAUCAUAUAUUCAUGAAAAGAUCAAAGUUGGCAAUAGGCUGCACAGUUUCAAUGAGCAACAUAGUUGCAAUACCAUGGUAGGUGCAGAUAAUGGACCCUCAGAGCAACACUGCCAUCCAUUUCCUCAACACCUUCUUCAGGGCGCAACCGAAACGUGACGGCUUGAUGUCCAUGUUACAAUAAAGGACUUUAGGAGUGCCUCGGACCCCCUCUGUCUAUACCUUAAGUUUUCAUUUUUGGAAACUGAUGAGCACAUAAAGAUGUUUUAUGAAACUAUACCCCCAGACGCAACAUAUUUUUCUCUCUCUACACCCUCAAAAUAGUGACAUUACACAGCUUAGCUCUUGCAAGCCUACUGCUGCCUCACUAAAGCCCUGCCACUGCUGUUCCUGACAAUAUUUUAUGGACUCGUAACUUAUUCUGAAGUACACGACAGGGAUGCUAUGCACUUACAUCAUAGGUAAGGGUUACAGUGUACUUGUUAUAGUAAUCAAUAAGUUAUGGUAUGACUUAAAUUUAAGGCAAUGAUAUGGGAAAUGUAGUGAAUAUUCAUCCUAAAUUACAUGUAAUGGGUCUUUUGUUUUUGCAUCUUGCACUUUGCUCUGUUUGAACUACGUGUAUCUGAUGAUGAUGAAUGGUUUGUGCACACAUCAAAUGUGUCCACGACAUUUUGUGUUUUAUUUGUGAAGCAUUUGUGUGACAUGUGUGUCUGUUCCUAGACUUGACAAAAGGUGACUAAAAUAAAUAAAAAUUUCAGACAAAACAGCAGUCAAAGAACAGUCAAUUGUCUUGAUUGUUGUCUUUUG